AUCUUUUCUUCAGCACCAAAACAGAAUCUGUUACUGGAGUAACUGGUCAGUACUGAAACAUCUUACCUUCAGCACCAAAACAGAAUCUGUUACUGGAGUAACUGGUCAGUACCGAAACAUCUUACCUUCAGCACCAAAACAGAAUCUGUUACUGGAUUAACUGGUCAGUACCAAAACAUCUUUCCUUCAGCACCAAAACAGAAUCUGUUACUGGAGUAACUCGUCAGUACCGAAACAUUGUACCUUCAGCACCUAAACAGAAUCUGUUACUGGAGUAACUGGUCAGUACCGAAACAUCUUUCCUUCAGCACCAAAACAGAAUCUGUUACUGGAGUAACUGGCCAGUACUGAAACAUCUUACCUUCAGCACCUAAACAGAAUCUGUGAGUGGGGAAACUGGUCAGUACCCAAACAUCUUACAGAGGAACCUUCAGCACCAAAACAUAAUUUCUUACUGAAGAAACUGUUCAGCACUGGAACAUGUCUCACUGAAGAAAGUGUUCAGUACCAAAACUGCUCCCUGAGGAAACUGUUACGAACCAAUAUAUGUCUUACUGAAGACAGCUCAGUCCCAGCGAGCUGAGGGAAGUCAGGAUGUUUGGUCCCCGGAUGACAUUAAACCCAGAUUGGAUUUGGCUUUGCGUCUCUUUGUGGAGUGGAGGAGAGGAGUGGAGAGAAGAGGUUUCUAUUUGUGCUGAUGGUGUGUGAUCGAUAGAGAGAGGACGACAUCGUGAGAUGGAUGAUAAUUCAUCAACGCCAGUAUUGAUAGAAAUACAGAAAUAUGUCAAAUAAUAACAAUCACCGUAAUCAAUCAUCAAUGGACAGACAGUGGACUUAAGAUAAACGCGUGGAUUCAGGAGAAUGAAAGUCACUCGUUUGGAUGUCAUACUCAGGGGAGCACAUGAUGUACAAUGGGAGGACAAGUCUCAGACCCUGGCAAGAACAUAGACACUCUUCCUGUAUUGAUUGAGAUUGAGUGAUUUGCGCAACAUGCAAGCGCAACAGGUUAGGUUUGGGCAUGCUAGCGAUUGGUUAGGGUAAGGUUAGCUUUAGGCAUGCUAGCAAAGUGUUCAAGGUUCAGGAUAAGGUUCAUAAAACAAAAACACGCCAAAACAACACACCUGGAUCCAAACCGCAUUACAAAGUCCUGGAUUCAAAAUCCUGCCCACUGCGACCUCUGCCACCCUGUUUCCACUAACAGGCUGGAACAAUCGGAAUGGACUGGGAUCUUUGAAUGCCCAGUAACUGAUUGAGACGGUCCAUGUACUGGAUAUUCCAACUCAACUGUAAGCUAACAUAACCAGCGAACACUACUGUGGAGGUGGAUCUAACAAGCAGACUUCAAGUGGACACUAUGAUGUUGUGUGUAACUGGUUGGAGGAGUGUGAGGUGGACGGCUCGGCCUGGUCAGAGGAGUGUGUGUACGUGUGUGACGCAGGUGGUUCUGAUGUGUCUGACCGUCCUGUCUUCCUGUCUGUCCGUCUCGGCUGAAGACCAGAUCAUCUUCGACCACCAUGCUGUCUACUGGAACAGCACGAACCCCAGGUUCCACCAUGACUACAGGGUUGCGGUCAAUAUAAAUGACUACCUCGACAUCUACUGUCCAUUCUACACCAACGGCCCUCCGGCUCACGGUCGAAUGGAACGCUAUAUCCUGUUCAUGGUCAACCACGAAGGGUACACUUCCUGUCAACACAGGAUGAGGGGGUUCAAACGCUGGGAGUGCAAUCGUCCUACCGGUCCUGACGGUCCCCUGCGCUUCUCAGAAAAGUUCCAGCUGUUUACGCCUUUCUCCCUGGGCUUCGAGUUCAGACCAGGACAUGAAUACUACUAUAUCUCGUCUCCUCAUCCCAACCAUGUAGGGAGGCCGUGUCUGAGGCUGAAGGUGUAUGUCAGACCCCCAGGCAGUUCAGGGUUUGACUCUCCAGAGCCCUUUCUGACUGAUGGAGCUGCAGACUGGAGCCCAGAGUCCCUGCUAGCCCCAGCCCUAAUACCCAGCCUGGCCUCACUGCUACUGGGCUUCCUCUCAUCGCUGUGACCCCCCCUCCACUGGAGCAAGACCUAGACCAGGGUCUUUGCUGGAAGACUGCCUGUAGGACUGCCUGGCUGGCUGUCCCUCAAACUCCCACACGCUCAGGGAGAAACUCUCUUUCAGUCCUGGAUUAAAAACCACUGUGGGCCCCCAGGACAAGCAUUUACAGCCCCUGGGCUAAUUAAUGGAUGAAGAGCCCCUUGUCUAAACUUAACCCUAUAACCCCCCUUGGGUGUCUGAAGGGACAUGGAUGGGGGGUGGUGGUACUUGGCUGGACACACGCAUGCCUGACCACUGUGAAUCUGGACUGAACUGACUAAACUGAUGGUGUUUCUGUUAUGUUUACAUGAUCACAUAUAAUUUAAUUGAAGUUGGUCCUACAGAUGAUGUCAUGGUUAUAUUUGAAAUGGACAGUUAAUUAGACUUCCAAAGUGCAGCUUCUGAUCUGACACUCAGAAACCUUCUGAUGGACAGAGAAACGACUCAACUAUAUUUACUGCUGCAACCCCCAGCCCACAGAGCGAAGAGGAGAAGGAAGUGGAGAGGGAAAUAAACAAAGGAGAGAGAAAGAAAGAGAGUCUCUGGGGACCGAGAUUUCUUUAAUGUCGGGAAACAAA